AUGGCUGUCUCACACAUAGCCAAGGAAUUUCACUACCAUGUUAGAUCCAUUAGCUUGCCUUGUAGAAUACACUCUUCAUUACCCAAUAUCGAAAAAGUGCAGAAGACGAUGAAGGAAGCCCCAUCACAGUCACAAAGUGAGGCUACUAUCAAACAAGGUCUAAAAGGGCUAGUAGAGUUGUAUAACUGUGUAGAGGAACUUGUUGGUUGUGCACUCACUCAGCAAGCUCUUCUACGCUAUGAAGGAAAGCAUGUAGAGAAGGAGCUUGACAUGUCAGUUCAUUUGCUUGACACGUGUGGAUCAGCAAGAGAAUUGUUGACACUGAUGAAGGAACAUGUGCUAGACCUUCAAUCAGCUCUGCGGAGAAAGGGUGUGGAUUCAAGUGUCAAUGGCCAGAUAUGUGCUUACAUUUGUUUUAGGAAGAGGGCAAGAAAAGACAUCACAAAAAGGCUCAAAGCAUUAAAGACAAUGGAGAAUGGUUUUAAAUCAAGUUCAUACCCUGUUUUAGACUUAGACCACCAUCUACUAAUGCUGAUCAAUGUGUUAAGAGAAAUAAGCAAAAACACAAUCACAUUUUUCAAGAAACUCUUACUUUUCAUGUGUGCACCAGUGCUGAAGAAAAACAGUGGUAGGUUGUCUGUGUUGACCAGAAUAGUGUCCACCAGUUUUGAUAAGGAAAAUAUGGACAUCAAUGAGAUGAGAGACAUUGACGUUGCUCUCUGCUCUUUCACUAAGCGUUGUAAGAAAAUUGAUGCUAAAACAGAAGUGCAAAUUGUAAAGAGGGGAUUAGGGGAAGUAGAAGGGAGCAUUAGAGAAUUGGAGGCAGGACUAGAUUGCCUCUUUAGGUGCAUGGUACAACAAAGGGUGUCACUUCUUAAUCUUCUCACACCAUAA